AGAAGAGAGACCAUCUUAUUUGUGUAUAUGUGAUUAUUACAUUGUAAAUAAACAGAUCAGGAUAUAUCUUGAUCGAUACAUCAAAAGGACAAUUAAUUUGAUACAUUGUGACAUCUUAUAAUGAUGCGGUUAUAUAGAUACUAUGUGUGACAAAGAAGACUGUGUUACUUUGGGUCACGUGAUAUUGCAUCGUAAGAAAAAAAAGUUAAUACAUAUAAGCUAAUAAAAGUAAAUUUAAGAUAUUUGCAUAUCGUCGAAAAAAAAAAAUCAACGUAUAAGACGAGCGAAAGAAAGUAAUAAUAAUAAUAAUAACAACAAUAAUAAUAAUAAUAAUAAUAAUAAUAAUAAAAGAAAGAAAGAAAGAAAGAAAGAAAGAAAGAAAAAUACAUUACUAUUAUUAUCUCUUAACAAAGAGUAUUAAAUGAUUAAUAUUAUGAGGUUGGAGGAGAUGCCAUUGCGGCUCAGUUCGGAUGAGCGGGACUUUGAAAUGGACGAAGAAACGGAUUAUCUUCUCCAACCUCCUGAGGAUAGUAUACGACUUUUGACCUCUAGAAGACGACGAUUUAAUAAUUGUUCGAAGUUCCUUAAAAAUGGUUUGUGCGGAUGUUGUACGUGGAUGUGGAGAAGAUGUUGCAGAGAAAGAGAAUUGAGAGCAAGAGUUAUUCAUAUUGGUCAGCCCAUGUAUGAUAAAUUUCCUACGAAUGUCAUAAGAAAUCAGAAAUAUAAUGUCGUUACAUUCUUACCUAUGGUCCUCUUUCAACAAUUUAAAUUCUUUCUUAAUCUAUACUUUUUGCUUAUGGCAAUAUCUCAAUUUAUACCAGACAUAAGAAUAGGAUAUUUAUAUACAUAUUGGGGACCAUUGUGUUUCGUUUUGACCGUUACGAUCUGUCGAGAAGCUGUAGAUGAUUUCAGAAGAUACAAAAGAGAUAAAGAAGUCAAUGCUCAAAAAUACCAAAGAUUGGUUAAAGGUUUGGAUAUACCAGAAUUAGUUCCAAGUUCUAAAUUACGAGUUGGUGAUUUGGUUAUAGUAGAAAAAGGUCAAAGGGUACCAGCAGAUUUAGUAUUAUUGCGAACAACAGAAAAAUCUGGUGCAUGUUUUGUAAGAACCGAUCAAUUAGAUGGAGAAACAGAUUGGAAAUUAAGAUUGGCAAUACCGGCAACUCAAAAAUUAGAAAAUCAUUCCCAAUUGUUUGAUAUAAAAGCAAGUUUAUACGUUGAAAAACCUCAAAAAGAUAUUCAUAGUUUCAUUGGUACAUUUACACGUUAUGAUGGAUAUGGCACUGAAGAAAGUUUGGGAGUCGAUAAUACUUUAUGGGCUAAUACUGCUGUGGCAUCUGGAUCGGCACUUGGAAUAGUUGUUUAUACUGGACAAGAAACAAGAUCCUUAAUGAAUCAUUCUGCACCUAGAUCCAAAGUUGGUUUGCUUGAUCAAGAGAUAAAUCAAUUGACUAAGGUCUUAUUUUGUGCAGUUAUUGGGCUUGCAUUGGUCAUGAUGUGUUUAAAAGGAUUUAAUGGUCCUUGGUAUCGUUAUAUGUUCCGUUUUGUUUUAUUAUUUUCUUAUAUCAUACCAAUUAGUUUACGAGUAAACUUGGAUAUUGGAAAGGCAUUUUAUGCUUGGUGUAUACAACGAGAUAAAGAUAUUGCUGGUACAGUUGUAAGAACAACUACAAUUCCAGAAGAACUUGGUCGUAUAUCCUACUUACUGAGUGAUAAAACCGGAACGUUAACACAAAAUAUAAUGGUUUUUAAAAAAUUACAUAUGGGGACAAUAUCGUAUUCUCAGGAAACAUUUGAUGAAGUAACAUCUGUAUUAAAAUCUUGCUAUACCACUAUGGAAAAUUCUCCAACAAAACCAUCCGUGCAUAGUGGAAAAAUGAGAAGAUCUGAAAGUACGAGAAUUUACGAUGCGGUACAUGCUUUAGCAUUAUGUCAUAAUGUUACACCAGUUUAUGAUGAAAUUAGUACAUCUACUAAUCUGGAUUCAGUGAGUGUAGAAACAGGAGAGACUGGAGAUUCUGGUUCUGUUCAGAGUCAGGCAGAAGCUGAUCAGCAUUAUUACUUGCCUGAACAGAAACGUAAUUAUCAAGCUUCAAGCCCGGACGAAGUGGCAUUAGUAAAAUGGACAGAAGAAGUGGGAUUAGCUUUGGUCAAACGGGAUCUGAAUUCUAUGCAAUUGAAAGCUCCAAAUGGAAAAAUAUUAAAUUAUACUAUAUUACAAAUAUUUCCAUUCACUUCUGAAACAAAAAGAAUGGGUAUAAUAGUCAAAUCAGAAGCUACUUCAGAAAUUGUAUUUUAUUUGAAAGGUGCAGAUGUUGUUAUGUCUGGUAUAGUACAGUAUAAUGACUGGCUAGAAGAAGAAUGUGGUAAUAUGGCACGUGAAGGGUUAAGAACACUGGUUGUAGCAAAAAAAAAUUUGACAGAAGAACAAUAUCUUGAUUUUGAAACAAAAUAUAACGCUGCAAGAAUGUAUGUUAGUGAUCGUGUUUCAAGAGUUACAGCAGUCGUUGAAAGUCUUGAACGUGAAAUGGAAUUAUUGUGUGUAACUGGCGUAGAAGAUAAACUUCAAAAUGGAGUUAGAACAACAUUGGAAUUAUUAAGAAAUGCAGGAAUUAAGGUUUGGAUGUUGACUGGCGAUAAAUUGGAAACAGCAACAUGUAUAGCAAAAUCUUCUUUAUUGGUUUCACGUACGAAAGGACUUCAUGUUUUUAAAUCUGUUCUUACGCGAACUGAUGCGCAUUUAGAACUGAAUACUUUCCGUAAAAAACAAGAUUGUGCCUUAGUUAUCAGUGGUGAUUCAUUAGACGUAUGCUUACAAUAUUAUGAACAAGAAUUUUUGGAACUUGCAUGUGGGUCACCUGCUGUUGUUUGUUGUCGUUGUUCACCCACACAAAAAGCUGAUGUUGUCAGUCUAAUACAAAGACAUACUGGUAAAAGAACAGCUGCCGUUGGUGACGGUGGUAAUGACGUAUCUAUGAUACAAGCUGCUGAUGCCGGUAUUGGUCUUGAAGGUCUUGAAGGACGUCAAGCCUCAUUAGCUGCAGAUUUUUCUAUCUCACAAUUUAAUCAUCUUUCUCAUUUAUUGUUGGUUCACGGUAGGAGAAGUUAUAAACGAUCAGCUGCAUUGAGUCAAUUUGUAAUUCAUCGAGGUUUAAUUAUUUCAACAAUGCAAGCUGUAUUUUCAGCUGUAUUUUAUCUUUCUUCAGUUGCCUUAUAUCAAGGUUUUCUUAUGGUUGGAUAUGCUACAAUCUAUACAAUGUUCCCUGUUUUUUCUCUGGUAUUAGAUAAAGAUGUGUCAGGAAAAAUAGCACUUACUUAUCCAGAGCUUUAUAAAGAACUCAGUAAAGGUCGAUCACUUUCUUAUAAAACAUUCUUUAUGUGGGUAUUGAUAAGCAUAUAUCAAGGAGGAGUAAUAAUGUAUGGUGCACUUAUUAUGUUUGAAGAUGAAUUCAUUCACAUAGUAGCUAUCAGCUUUUCUGCAUUAGUUUUGACAGAAUUAAUCAUGGUUGCCUUAACAAUUAGAACAUGGCAUCAUAUUAUGAUCUUAGCAGAGAUCUUUUCUUUGGCACUCUAUUUAUUGUCUUUGGUUGUACUAAAAGACUAUUUUGAUGCUGAAUUUAUCAAGACAACUGAUUUUUUAUGGAAAGUGUUAGUCAUCACUUUAGUUUCUUGUAUGCCGCUAUAUAUUCUGAAGUUUUUAAGAAAAAAAUUCUCUCCUCCGAGUUAUACCAAAUUAUCAUGAGGUACAUAUAUCAAUCUUAUUAUACCAAAAGUAUUACAAGGGAUAAAAUAUUAAUUUAUAUAAAAUUACGGCAAAAAUAUUCAUGUUUGUAUGUCGGUUAUUUUUUCAAAUUAUUAAUUCGAUUAAUCGAUUUCAAAAUGCUGUUGAAAAUUUUACAUAAAAAGGUAUACGCACCAUUUUAUCCAUCAACUAUUUUUGUAUAAAUUCUAAGCAAAAAAUAUUAAUAUAUAUUUCAAAAUAUGGAUUGCAGAACUUAAAGUUCUUCAAUAUUGUAAAUUACAUUGGAUAUUUAUUACAUCAAUAUUUAUAGUCAAUCAGGGCUGUCUUAAUUAAAAUCGACUGAAAAAAAAAACAAAUUCAAUAUAAUUUAAAUCAUUGAUUAACACGAUGCCCUAUUUAUAUUUGCUUCAAAUUAUAGUGCAAAUUAAUUUCUAAUUGCGAACAGAAAUCUCAUUACAAAAGAAGCUUUUAGAACAGAUCUUGCAUUUUUAUGUGAUUUAUGUGAAUAUUAUUAAUAAUAA